CUAGGCGCGCGGGGCGCAUUGGGGGUGGUUUCACCUCCACGCCCAGCAAACAGAAGUGGAUUGGAAUUUCCCUGUCUGCCAUUUAAAAGCCUCACGCUAACGUUGGCGCAGCAGGCCGACUGCAUGGCAAAAUAUGUAGGCUAGAAGGACAGAGUGCGGUGACUCGGUGUAGGCGGGUUAAAUGGGAAAUCUGAUGGGCAGUUUGCGCUACAAGGAGCCAAGCACUGUGGAGGAAUGCGACUCGACAUGGGAGUCGGACUCGGAAAGCAACGAGCAACCGGCUGAUGAGGACAGCGGGAUAUCAGAGAGUGUAAGCCCAUCGGAGACAAGGAGAUGCGGCGAACAAGCUGACAUGUCCCCGCAGCUCUCUGAUUCUGACUCCGAGUCCAGCACAAAGAUCAAGAGGAGCUUUUAUGCAGCAAAGGAUCUUUACAAAUAUCGCCAUAGCUACCCGAACUACAAGGAGCCCCGGCAACCUAAUGAGUAUCGCAACCUCCGCUUCUACCUGAACAAGAUCCCUCUAAUACCAGAUGGUAUCUUCAUUGAGGAGAUCCUGACCAAAUGGAGAGGCGAUUAUGACAAACUGGAGCACAACCAUACCUACAUACAGUGGCUUUUCCCUCUGAGGGAGCAAGGGCUGAACUUCUAUGCUCACGAACUCACUCAGGAGGAGAUCAAGGAAUUCCAAAGCACUCGCGAGGCAAAGCGGAGAUUCCUGCUGGCAUACACACUUAUGUUGGAUUUUUAUGGCAUCAAACUCUUGGAUAAGAGUGGCAACGUUGCCCGAGCUUCCAACUGGCAAGAACGCUUUCAGCACCUCAAUGAGUCCCAGCACAACUACCUGCGGAUCACGCGCAUCCUCAAGUCUCUGGGUGAGCUGGGUUUUGAGGCCUUCAAAGCCCCGCUGGUGCGUUUGCUGCUGGACGAAGCUCUGUGUCGGGCCACCCUGCCCAACAUGCUUCACAGCACGUUGGAGUACUACGUCUACACCAUCCGCCUUCGCUCCCACCGCCGCGGCCUGCUCCGUUAUGCCCGCCGGCACUACCAUCCGGCCGACACUUUCCUGUGGGGGCCCCCGGCCAGGAGGAGAGUUGCGGGGUCAGGAGGCGGGCAGGACCCGACCCCGGAGAGGGAGAGAAGAGGUGGAGACGGCCGUAGGGCUCGGAGUUCACUCACUAAGCAGGACUCAGUGGGAGGAAAUGGGAAGGGAACCAAGGUCUGCGUGGCCUCCACCCAAACUCUCCAGGAGGGGGCGACGGAGAGAGGCAGGGUGAAGAGAGAGGAAUACAUUGAGACUGUACCACUGUAAGGAAUCAUUGUGGAGUCGUUUCGAUGGCAGAUAGGGGGAAUUUGGUAGCAAUAUAGACCCAUGCCAUGUUUUUAUGGAAUCAGAAGUUAGCUAAGUUGUAGUAGCUAAGUUUAGUAUGCAGCACAAUCUAUAUAGUUAAAGUACUUUAGAUGUGUUUUCUCUAUAACAGUGUCUUUCGUCUUUUUGUAUACAUUGACUGCACUUGGCAAUCCACUAAUAUAUGUGUAGAUCCCAGUGGAUCACACCAGGGGCUUAAAAACAGUACACAAAACAUCCUGCUUGGUUGGUAGUACGAAACAAUGUAAUUGACUGGGCAACAUGCUGUGUGGAAUCUUGCACAUUUGACAAUCUGUGUCUUCCUAUAGAAAAUAUCUCUGUUACUUCCUGUGCUGAUCUUCCUAUUGGCUGCUGAGCCUGGCCAUCAGGUAGAAUCAUUGGCGGUGGAUCCUAUCUUCCGACAAAGUCUUCUGUAGCUUUUAGAGCAGCCUAGCUAGUCAGACGCACAGGCUUAUGAGCUUUUCAGGUAUACUGUAAUGUGACAGAUGGGCUACAGUAAUAAUCCUUGUGCUACUAGCUACAAUGUGAGUGUUGUGUGUGGGUGUGUGUGCGAUAGAUAGUGUUUAUGCUAUCUAAAGUGCCUCUUUUUAUUAAUCUGUUACUGGUUGUGUGUUACUGAUGUGUGUGUUGACCAAUUUUUUACUUUGUGUAUGCAUUUGUUUAUAGUACCUGAUGGGUUUUAGUGGGAAAAAAGGAAGAAUUUGCUUUCACGAGAACACAAAGUGAAGGUUUCAGGGCACUGGUAUGCGUAGAACAUGCAGGUAACUUACACAAGCUUGUUUUUUAUGGUACACGCUCUUCACAUGAUCACAACAUCACUUUCCACUUAGGUACUAAAAGUUGGACCCUUUUGGACGCUGGGCAUGUUCCGGAUAGAAUUUGAACAAAGGAUAGCUUUUAUUUUAUUUUUUUAUGAUUAUAUUAAUAUGUGUGUGACUGUUACUUUUAGAGUAAAUAACUGUUGGGGGAAUAAACACAAGUGUUUAUAGUGUAGUUCUAGAAACCUUUUCAUUUAUACAUACACAUUUACUCAUUCUCCAGUUGACACAUACUGUAUGCUCUAUAUAAGUAGUACAUAUUUUAGGAACUCUUCCUUCUCAUCUGGCUUUUUUACCCCCAUGACAAGAAUAAGUGGAUAGCAAGAAUCCCCCCCCCCCCAUUCUAUCUUUUUCGUUCUCUGUCCUGUUAGCCUUACAAUUGGUGUACAUUAGCAUAUUGAAAUGAUUUGCUAAUGAAGACCAGUUGAUAUAUUCCUUUUGUCUUUCCCACUCUGCUAUCUCUAACUGGCAGCUGUGAUCAUGGAUCUCCCUCUGUACAUUUCACUGAAAUCCCUCUUUUGUUUAACCGCUUCUUUCAUCAUCUCAGCAUAUUUAAAAUAUGUAGUAUGGGGGUUGGGGGUGGUUGGACAGAGUGGAGACUUUGGGAAGGGACAAACUGUACAUACAAUGUAGGGAAUGCUGAAAGCAUCAUCAAUUCCCUCACUCUGGUUGUCUUUGUAACUGGUCUCUGGAUGUGUAUAGGUUCCCUUCAUAUGUAUGUUUUGUAAAUUCUUAUGAUUUGUUUUGUUUGUUUAUGUUUUGUCAAUUCUUAUGAUUUGUUCAAGUGUGGAGCCUCAUUUUAGGGCUGUUGCAUUAAAAUGUGGCAAAUCAAAAGUACCCUUUUCUUUGUGUCUAUACAUGAGGUUUCACUGUACUGUACAAAUGAGAAUAAACAUCUGCUGCUCCAACAGA